CACGGCGCGUCUUCACCAGAAUUUAUAUGGUGGAUGCAAAGAAUCCAUCGAUAUCUCCUUCCCUCUGCCUCUCGUCUCUGUACUUCUAGACCUCAUACCGAUACACACUUGAGGCCGAUGUCAACGCCAUCCGAAGCUAGUACACCCGGGACGCCUGCGACUCCUGCUGAAGGAUCAAAGCCUGAUUCCAAGAGUGCAGCAAAAAAGGAUGCGAAACGUCUGGCCAAAGAGGCGAAGUUUGCAGCCAAAGCAGCAGCAGCAAAAGUGACUAAUGUUGCAUCUGAGGCGAAGGCAAAAGUUGCAAAGCCGAAGAAGGAGGAAGAGCCUGCAUUUGUGAACACCACUCCGAAGGGAGAGAAGAAAGAUCUGAGCCAGCCUCUGUCUGCGACUGGUUACAAUCCAUUGGCUGUCGAGGCUGCAUGGUAUGACUGGUGGGAAGCUCAAGGUUUCUUUAAGCCGCAAUUAGGUCCCGAUGGAAAGGCAAGACCGGAAGGCCAAUUCGUUAUCCCUCUUCCUCCUCCAAAUGUUACUGGCAGUCUGCAUAUCGGUCAUGCGCUGACUAUCGCAAUCCAAGACACGCUCAUCCGAUGGAAUCGUAUGCUUGGAAAAACUACUUUGUUUGUACCAGGUUUCGACCAUGCUGGUAUCUCUACACAGUCCGUUGUUGAAAAGCGGCUAUACAAGAACACUGGCAAAACUCGACAUGAUCUUGGACGAGAGAAAUUCCUAGGUACCGUACUGGACUGGAAAAACGAGUAUCAACAUCGAAUAACGGAUCAGCUUCGCCGAUUGGGCGGCAGCUGCGAUUGGGGCCGUGCUGCAUUCACAAUGAACGAGAAUUUCUCGAAAGCCGUCAUCGAGACUUUCUGCCGUCUGCACGAGGAUGGUAUCCUUUACCGUGCUAACCGUCUCGUCAACUGGUGUGUCCGACUAAAUACAACCCUGUCCAACCUAGAGGUGGAGCAGAAACAACUCGCUGGACGAACACUUCUGAACGUCCCUGGUUACGAUCCUAAAGAGAAGUUCGAGUUUGGCGUUCUCACAUCUUUCGCAUACCCAAUAGAAGGCUCAGACGAGAAAAUCGUUGUCGCCACUACCCGUCCAGAGACGAUGCUCGGUGAUGCGGCUAUUGCUGUUCACCCCGACGACCCUCGGUAUAAGCACCUUCACGGCAAAUUCGCAAAACACCCCUUCCUAGAUCGUAGAAUUCCUAUCGUCACCGACUCUAUCAUUGUAGACAUGGAAUUUGGUACUGGUGCUGUCAAGAUCACUCCUGCACACGACUUCAACGAUUACGAAGUUGGUGUUCGACACAAUCUCCCUAUAAUUAACAUCUUGAACGACGAUGGAACCUUUAACGAGAACGCUGGUCCCAGGUUCAAGGGCAUGAAACGUUUCCACGCAAGGGUAGCUGUCGUGAAUGCUCUGAAGGAGGCUGCUUUGUACGUUGAUACCGUCAACAACCCCAUGCAAAUCCCUAUCUGCGCUAAAUCCGGAGAUGUUAUCGAGCCCAUAUUGAAACCUCAGUGGUGGGUGAAUUGCAAGCCCCUUGCGGAAGAGGCUAUCAAGCGGACCAGAGCCGGAGAGCUAAACAUUAAUCCGAAGUCCUCUGAGAACGAGUGGUACCGCUGGUUAGAAGGGAUCCAGGAUUGGUGUAUAUCACGACAACUCUGGUGGGGUCAUCGUUGUCCAGCAUAUUUGGUGAGGAUCGAGGGCCAGAAUCAAGAUGCCAAUGAUGGAAAGAAUUGGGUCGUCGGCCGAACAUUGGAGGAAGCUACAGAGAGAGCUAACGAGAUCGCUGGCGAUGCCAAGUUCACACUUGAGCAGGAUGAGGAUGUCCUUGACACUUGGUUCUCUUCCGGCUUGUGGCCAUUCGGUAUCAUGGGUUGGCCUGAGGAUACUUUCGACGUCCGCCAAUUCUAUCCAUCCUCCUUGCUCGAAACUGGAUGGGAUAUUCUGUUCUUCUGGGUAGCUCGCAUGGUCCUGCUUGGUAUCCAUCUUACUGGCGAGAUGCCGUUCUCUGAAGUUUUCUGUCAUGCGAUGAUCCGUGAUGCCCAUGGAAGGAAAAUGAGCAAGUCCCUUGGGAACGUCGUUGAUCCCGUCGAUGUCAUUCAAGGUCUCGAUCUCGAGAGUCUUCACGCCAAGCUCUAUGAGGGUAAUCUUGACGAUAAAGAGAUCGCCAAGGCGAAAUCAGGCCAGAAGAAGGACUUCCCUAAGGGUAUUCCUCAAUGUGGUACUGAUGCUUUGCGAUUCGCCUUGUGUGCCUACCAGACAUUCGGUCGUGACAUUAAUUUGGACAUCUUGGUCGUAGAAGGUUAUCGCAAGUUCUGCAACAAGAUCUUCAAUGCAACUAAAUUCGCUAUGCUUCGACUCGACGACAACUUUGUUCCUGAGCCUGUAGCCAAGCCUACUGGUAACGAGAGCCUUGUGGAGAAGUGGAUUUUCCACAAGUUGAACAUUGCCGCGACGGAGGUAAACCGCCGCCUGACGGAACGUAACUUCCAGGCAACAACUAUUGCCAUUUACUCGUUCUGGCUAUAUGAACUCUGUGACGUCUACAUUGAAGCCAUGAAGUGGAUGGCUGAUGAUUCUGCACCAGAGCCUAUUCGAAACUCAGCCAGGCAAACCUUAUACACAUGUUUAGAUCAAGGGUUGCGGCUUCUUCAUCCUUUGAUGCCUUUUGUGACCGAAGAAUUGUGGCAACGCCUCCCUCGCCGUCCAAAUGACUCCACUCCAUCGAUCAUGAUUGCCUCGUACCCUGUGGCGGAUUCAUCCUUUGUCUUUGAAGACGCGGAGAGAGAUUUCGACCUUAUCUUCAAGGUCGUCACUUCCAGUCGAUCGCUUGCUUCGUCUUACGAUGUACAAAAUAAUAUCCAAUUGUUCUUCCGUGUACUAUCUGACAAUGACGCUGUGUUGUUCGAAUCUCAACUUCCUACGAUCAUUUCCCUUAUCAAGGGAUGCCAAAGUGCCAAAGUCGUGCGUACUCUAGAAGAGGUGCCAGAGGGCUGCGGAUCUCUUGUCAUCUCACCGGACGUGAUUGUGCACGUUCUUGUACGAGGUUUGGUUGACCUUGAUCAGGAAAUUGCAAAGUGCGAGAAGAAGCUCCAAUUAGCACAGCUGAACCUGGACAGGAUUUUGAAGGUAGAGGCACAAAAGAAUUACGAACAGAACGUUCCCGAAGAGACACGCCUGGCUAACGCAGAUAAGCGGAAGACGUUUGAGGCCGAUAUCGCUAAUCUCGGACUGUCGAAGGAGAUGUUCGCCAAACUCAAACAGUAAUAUUAAUACUGACUAUAUAAGGUUUGAUGAUACUUGUAUUCUAUGGAGACGGGGCAUGCUCGCGGUCAUAUACAUGCUAUUUCCACACUUCGCAAUCAGCAUCUAUCCACAGCUUUGGAUACAAAUACACCCUUCACAGCGUCGCCCAUUCACUCUCUUUUACGUCUAUCAUCGCCGGAGCUAGGGCAUCUAUGACCGCAGAUCGGGUCGUAAGACCGCAGACGACGCAAAUGCUAUGAAUAAGUUGGCGGUGCGUGA